UUUCAAAAAAUUGAUAGAUGAGGUUGAGGUUGUUUGUUACUUUGUUUCUAUUCUAAUUUUGUUUUAGUUUUUUUUCAGGUCAGGAAUGGAUACAAGCUUCGAUUUAGUGGCUCUACUGAAGCAGCAACCAACUACGAAGAAGAGCCAUAAAAUAAGGCCUACGCAGUUUGUGAGCGUAGCCGGAGGGGUCCAAAAGAGAUUGGAGACUAAUAUCAAGAAUAGAAAGAGCAGUCGCUUGUCUGUCUUUGACAGAAUCAGAAAUAUCACAAAAUGCGAGAGCCCCAAGGCACCAAAUCUUUCCGAUGCCCAGCAGAAAGCACUGCACAGAAAACAGCAGUUGGAGAAAUGGAAGGAAGAGAAGGACAAGAAGAAAAAGGAGGCUGCAGCACAGAAAAAGAAGCCAUUUGUUGCCGGAGUGCCUCAGAGAAAGACAUUUGGGCCUCCACCACCUCCCCCUAAGCCAAUGCCGAGCACAUCAGGACGAGUCACAAGAUCCCAAGCUCGGCAAAAGACUGAAUCAAAGCCCUCAAAUUCACAAACAAAAUCCUUUGCACCAAGUAAUGCCGUUUUCAAACCUUCUAUCUUCUUAAAUGCUGAAGUUCCCACCCUGGCACCUAUAAACAAAAAAAAAGCCAGUAAACCGAAAUCUAACAUAACUUUUGAACCUGUGCUACCCAAAAAUUUGCAGAAAGAGACCAAAACCACCCGAACUACAAGAGCCAGACCAGCCUCAAAUAAACCGGUCGUAGAUAACAAGAAAAAGCUAGUGCCAAUGCAAAUGCCAGUCAAACCACCACCACUGAAACAACAGAUGUUCCAAAGCAGUUCAUCCAGCAGUGAUAUGGAACAGCCCAGUAAACAAAGAAGUAAGCCAAGCCGAAAAUCAGUUACUAAAACUCAGGAAAAACCAGUGCCUAUGGCACAAACCUCUGCCUCCGAGGAUUCAGCCUGCGACAUACAAGAGACUGCAUCUAUGUCAUCCCAAAACUCAGUGUCAUCCCAAGACUCACAAGAUGCGGUAAUGUCCCAAGACACAGCAUCAAUGUCAUCACAAGAUGAACUAAGUACUCCCAGAAACAAGGUCCCUAGGAGUGAGUCUAGUUCAGAAGAAAAGCUUCGUUCUCCAAAGGCAGUUGAUAUGCCGCUGACUCCGGAACAGAUUGCAGAGGAGGCCAAGAAUAUCAGUCCGUGCGUCACUAUGUCACGAGGAAAGGAUAAUGCCAGGAAAGAGAUGAAGAAAAAACUGGAAGAAGGUCUGUUGGAUGAGGACAACAGCAACAUGGAAAGCGUGAACCACUUCCGUCGGCAGCUGAACUCUGAGAUCGCUCGCAUUACUGCCAUGUGCGACACUUGGGACCAGAUCUUUGCUCAGACUGUACUGCCCGAGGCUAUCCAGGAGUUAGUGCUAACAGCGGUAGGGCAGGCGCGGCUGCUGAUGACGCAGAAGAUGCAGCAGUUCGCGGGGCUGGUGGAGCGCUGCGCGCGGCCCGCGGCCGGCGCCGCGCUCGUCACCCCGGCCGACCUGCACGGCUUCUGGGACAUGGUGUUCAUGCAGGUUGAAAAUGUAGACAUGCGCUUCAAGAGCCUCGAAGAGUUACGGCUGCGGGAUUGGAUCGAGGAGCAAAAGCCAGUGGCCAAGAAAGUGGUCGCCAAGCCAGCGGCCAAGAAAGUAGCUGCCAAGCCCACUGGAGGGCCCAGCCGACUCAGGGAGAUGAUUGCUGCCGCAAGAAAAGCAAAGAAAGACCAAGAAUCUCAAUCCGAAAACUCGGAAUCUGAGAAAUCUGAGCCAACAGCAUCCCCUGAAACCAGAACAUUUGAGGCUGGUUUCUUCAAAAUCAGCUCUCCGAUGAAGCGAGGGUCUCCGGCUCCGGGCACACCCAACAACAGGCCUAGUUUGCUGAAAACUGUACUGUCCAGUGAAGCCAAGAAGUCCGUGUCUAAGGACUCGACGUCGUUCGCCAUGCUGCGAGCAUCGUUGAUGAGCAAGAACGUGGACAUCGAAGGUGUGUCUCCUCUCAUGCAAACCCCAACCAUCACCCCGGUGAACCUCUACGCAACCCCGGCGCGCAGCAUUCUCAAGCAAAACCCCGUCAGCAGCAAGAAACCGGACAAACUUAAGACCGUGCUGUUCCACGACGAGCCUUCCAGUCCCACUUCUUACAGCAGCUGUGAGAAAGAGACAGUAGGAGAGACAGGGAUAGCGCCGUUGCCGGCCGAUGACAAGGAGAAUACAGCUACGCCAAAACAAGCUUCGACAAGAAAGUCAAGGCUAUCUCGACAAAACGCCGAAGAACAGCCCAGCCCGGUCAUGACCCGCAGCCGCCGCAAGAGUGUUCAAACCCCCCUAGUAGAGACCGAGGUAGAAAAGAAACGCUCCACGAAGAAGAGCGCACAAACACCUUUAGUAGAGUCCGACGCCAAUGCGGAGAACAAACGCUCUACAAGGAAGAAGAAUGUGCAGGCCCAGGAGACUGAGACACCUAAGCGGUCGACGCGGAGACGAAAAAGCGCUGUAGCUGUGUAAUACACCAUAAGUGGUAGGAAUUUGGAUAAUGACUAGUUCAAUAUAUAAAAUAUCGACAAAAGAAUACUAAGAUCUAGUGAAUAGAAUCAGGCGUUACUUUGCGGAAAUCCAUAUUAAUCAAAACCAAAAUAUUACUUGGCUAAUCCGCGAAAAGAUAACGUGCUAGUCAAUCAGUGCUAACCCGUUAUACUUGCGUAUUUUUUACAUGCAAUUAAUGUUCCCACCCUCCCAUGACAAAAAUAAAUACGCAAAUAAAUAUAACACACCACCACCAAAAGAACAAUACUCGACACGUGUUUCGCCUAGAGGCAUUCUCAGGAGCAGAUGUUGCCGGAGCACUGAUUGACUAGCACGUUAUCUUUUCGCGGAUUAGCAAAGUAAUAUUUUAGUUUUGAUACUAUAAGAUCUGUAAAAUAUUGUAACCGCAGUUUAGUUAGCUGGCUUUGGUGGUGCUUUACGGUUCUGAAUAUAAUGCUGUAACGAUGUGGUCCAGCGCCAUAGAGAAAACAGUAACAUUACCUUAGUUUGCACAUUUAUCUAUGCAAGCGCUAUUUGUGAACAUAGUUACAAAGCUUAUGGCACGAUAAAGUUAAGGGGCCCACAGAUUAACAGUUCG